UUAUCAUUGACCAGUCCAUUUCGUUGCGAGAGAUUUGUAUUUUUCUACCCCUUUUGUCCAGGGCAUCUUUGAUACGUCUCUCAUCUGUUCUCUUCCAUCCCCUGUGCUGUUACUUACGACCAUUCUCCAUCUCGCCACCUCCAAUCCACCGAAAUGCACUUCAAAGCAUCCCUGAUCGUUGCGGCUCUCGCCAUCACCGCCAACGCACAACUCGAUGAACUCACCUCGGCUGUUGGCGGUGUUGUCUCAGAUAUUACCUCAGUCGUCGGAGACGUGACAUCCGCUGGCGGAGCUGCGGGCAGUGGAAUAGAAUCAGUGGCAACAUCACUAGCCAGCGAUAUUACUUCUGGCUUUGAAUCCCUUACAUCCACACUUGGAUCCGCACUCUCAUCUAUCGAUUCUUCAGUGGCAUCGCGCGUGUCCAGCAUCGAGUCUGUUGCAUCUACCGCCGACCCAUCUAUCCGCAGCAGUCUUUCCAGUGAUCUCUCGAGUAUUUACUCCGAGGCUAGCGCUGCCCGGAGCAGUGUCCAGUCCGAGGUCACCUCCCGCUUCGACUCUGCCACCAGCGCUGCUGGUACUGCUUUGGCUUCGCGUACUGAAGCUCGCACAACCGCGAGCGAGACUGGGAAUGCUGCCGUCGACGUCCACCUCGUACCUGUAACUGGAAUACUCGGAUCAUUUUUCUUGGGCAUCGUCGCGCUUCUGUAAGCCUCAAUGACGAAAUCAUGCUCCAAGACGACACGUUGAAAGCACAUUGGACGAAAUAUGAGGCCGAGCUUUGGUGUUGUUGACUAGGCGGAUUAUUUGAUCCAUUUGAAUCCUUUUCAACCCAGUCGGAUCGGAAAUGUCCUUAGACGCUGGCUUUGUCACUUGAAUCGGGCUUUUGUAUAUUCACUCUAACCCAGAACCCUACUAGGAGCGGGAGGGCUAUGAAUUGGUGGAUUUCCAGACCCCAUGGGCUUGGUUGAUUUCAAAGGUCAUGCAGUAUGACGCAAAUGUUGUAACAACAAAAUUUAUAUGCAAGUAUGCGCACCGUUUCAUAGCCCUGAAUCAUAU